AUGAACAUAGAUUUCGCAUGGAAUCCGGCGGUUACACGCAUAGAGACUCCCGAUCUUAAUCUGCACUUUCCGGGACUGGCCUUGAGGAAUAUCUGCGUGUUCAAUGGGUUGCCCUUUUUUUCCUCAGGGGGUCGACAGUGGAUCAAGGCACAGACAGGGGAAGACGUGGAUCUGAACCAAUAUCAGCCCCCGAGACGGAUCUCGUCGCUUCGCCCCAAGGCCACUCGCACCGUAUACCUACCGAGUGAAAGUCUUCUUUUUGAACGCUUCCAAGAGUACAAAUCCUCAGUAUUCUGUCAAAUAUUCCCGUUCAUUAGCCCGCAUUUUUUUGAGGACACAGUUCGUGCGGCUUAUCAGGAGCAAUCUACCUUAACCUGCAGCAAUGAUAGUGCCAAAGCAUGUGUCUUUGCAUUCAUGGCAGUGACUUCUAUGUUCUCGAAUUCUACAGCUAAUCAUGGGUCUCUUGACUCCGAUCAUUAUGCCUACGCUGCUUAUGAUCUAGUACCGGAAUUCUUUCGGGACACCGUAACAAUAGAAGGAUUACAGGCGUUACUUAUGUUGUGCCUCUACAGUCAAUCUGUUCUCGGUGACCAGCUGAGUGUGGAACUAUUAUUUUCGGCUGCAACCCGGUUUGUCUUUCAUCUUGGGGGCCAUAUCUUCCCUAAAAGGGUUGGUGAGGUCGGUAGCAGAUCUUUGGACCUACAAUUACAUAUUCGGAAUCUGUUCUGGCUCUGCUAUAUCUUUAAUCAGGAGUACAGCCUGCGAACAGGCCUUCCUCCUAUCUUGACGACGCAAACUGCGAUCUCACACUUUGUGAAACCACAACUACAAAUGCUCAGAAUACCGGGCUAUCACCUUUCUUCACCCCAUUCGCGCGCAUGGCAAUCAUCCAAUCGCAGAUCUAUCGCAGACUCUACUCUGUCGUAUCUCGAAACAAAACGGAUGCCGAACUCUUAUCCACCAUUCGUGAUCUUGAUCAACUUUUGGAAGACUGGAAGCUCUCAAUUCCCAUGCAUGUACGACCAUCCCUUACACAUCGGCCGACAGGUGGUGAAGACAUACCAUCAGCUAUCUUUCAGCUACAAUAUCAUUAUUGCAUGGCGACAAUCCAUCAAUUUCUGCCUACCUUAUGUUACCGCUGCGACAAUUCACCUCUUCUGUGACAUCCUCCUCCACCCUCGUGAUAUGGCCAGUCAUGCCAACCUAGAAUUAAUGGACAAGGUUCGAGAACGGAUGUUGGCGCAGCUAUGGCCGCAGGCUCCUAUCUCGUUCAAGAUGCAGGUCCAGUUCGUGGAGGACCUCAGUGUAGAAGUGCAACGUCUUGCGCGAAGUGCGAUUCGGAAAGCGACUGUCUGA